AUGAAACAGGUGCAGUUUGACGCUAAGCUGAAAUAUAAUGAGAGCCAUCAAUUAUAUCGUCCUGUCACUCAGCCCGCUUACGUCGGAGAGCCGACCCCAGACAUUGAUGCCGCAUGGAAGGACCUCCUCGGGGCAAUAAAUGUAUUUGUGACACCGCAAGAAGAAAGUCAGUUGGGAGGAGGCUUAUGGCUUGACCCUGAAACCGGGUUGCACAUGGCACAGUAA